GGCGCGGCGAUGCUUGGCCCUGCCAGGCCGCCGUCGGGGGUGGGCCCGCGCCACAGCCAUGGCGGCGCCCAUCUUGCCGGAGAGCGACAGCAUCCGCAGGGCCGUGUCGCUGCUUAACGCCGUGGACCCAGGCCGGUUUCCGCGGCUCCUCUCCCGCCUUCUCCAGAAGCUGCACCUGAAGGCUGAAAGUACCUUCAGUGAAGAGGAGGAAGAAAAACUUCAAAUAGCUUUUUCAUUGGAAAAACAGGAUCUUCAUCUGGUUCUUGAAACUAUAUCAUUCAUUUUGGAACAGGCAGUCUACCACAAUUUGAAGCCUGCUUCACUGCAACAGCAGCUACAAAGCAUUCACCUGGAUCAAGACAAAGCCGAAGCGUUUGCUAGUGCAUGGGCGACUGCAGGUCAAGAGACGAUUGAAAAGUUCAGGCAGAGGGUUUUGACCCCUCAGAAGCUUGAAACAGUUGGAUGGCAGCUUAAUCUUCAAAUGGCUGAGUCCAUGCAAGCAAAGCUGAAGUCUCCUCAAGCUGUGCUAGAGCUGGGAGUGAGCAAUGAAGAUUCAAAGAACCUGAAGAAGGUGUUUGUAGAAUUUAGCCAUCAGGAGCUAUUUGAGUUCUACAACAAGCUCGAAACUAUACAAGCACAGCUGGAUUCCCUUACGUGAUGUUUUUGAAGACUUAUUUCUCCAUCAUGCUCCUGCCACCUCAUUAUUUUGAAUUGAAGAUAGAUUGCCAAGCUGCAUUUCCUGAAGGAUUCAGCGGGUUGCAUCUUGUAAAAUUAUAUGGCUUAUCUGCUUUUCGGACCAGUACCAUUAGCCAAGAGUCUUUGUCGAGGGUCUGAAGAUUCUAAUGGACUUUCUCUUUUUUGCUUAGCAGCUGUGAAAAAUGUCUUCUUUACUUACAGUGAGGAAACACCCUGCCCACCCUACCCACCCCCCCCCCCCCACCAAAGAAUGCUACUCUGCUUCAGAGAUUUUUUUUUUCAUUCUGUUAUGCGUGUUACCUGAUUCUGGUAGAAAUUUGCAUGUUAUUGAGAGACCAGGAAAAAAGCCCUUUUUUGUGGACAUAAAUGUAGAAGUUAUAAAAAAAUACACAGCUAAUAAAAUCUCUAUCCUUUUAAAAUAAUAUUCACGCAAUUGAUAAUGCUUCUUGCAGAUUUAAAAUAAAAUAAAAUAAAAUAAGUCAAAAUAAA